AUCUGCGCCCUGCGCCCGGGCUUCCGCCGCCACGGUUCCUGCGCGGCGUCGCCAUGGUGUCCACGGCCCAGGCGCAGGUGUUGGCGUCGGCCACGGCCUGCUGCAUCUUCGCAGCCAUUGCGAUGAUUCUCCGAAAACGUGGAGGAUAUGUGGUGGGCAUCGCGAUGUUCUUUGUGAGUUGCUUGGUCACCACGCAGCUUCUGAUGAGCCGACUAAGUCUCCACUACAAGCACCCGGGAUUUGUGACAAUGCUUCACUUUGGGUGCGUUUGGGUAGUUAGCUGUGCCUAUUGGGUGCCCAGUGGCUUUAGCAAAUGGUGGAGCAUCCAAACUUCUUCCAAUCGCUCGAAUGAAUGGUUCUUGCGAAACAUCGUCCCCUUAGCUUUGAGUAAUCCGCUCACGGUGGUUUUCAACAAUACUGCGCUGACCUACGUGGGCGCCGGGAUGUGCGCCAUUGUCGGCACGCUGUCGCCGGUUUCGGUGGCCAUCUUCAGUUGGAUCUGUGGUCAUCGCCUUUCCUUUGUCUCUUGGAAUGGUAUUUUCAUUGCCUUUUCGGGUGCCCUGCUCAUCGCCUUUGGGGAGGUCAAUGCGAUCCAGGUGGCCAACCAUAGUGGCUGGUAUUUGGGUGUGUUGUUUGCCUUGGCUUCCGUGGGGGCGCGGUCCUUGAAGAUUGUCAUCAUGGACUUCCUUAUGGCGCCCACUGACUAUCAAUCAGCGGCUUCCAGCAGCCCGUUGUCGCCCAUGGAGCUCUACUCAAUGCAGGCGCCCUGGUGUUUCGUCACCGCGGUGAUUUUCGCCAUGGCAACGGAAAGCAUCCCAGCAGCACUGAAGCAUAUCACGCCAGAGACCGGUGGGCUGAUUUUGGUGACGUGCGUCUCGGCCGUGGCCUUGAACUUCGCGGGUAUCUUCGCGCUCAAAGAGCUGGGCGCCAGCUCGCAGCAAAUCAUUGGAAAGCUGAACACCAUUUGUGUGGCCGCCAUCUCCAUGGCUUUCCUCGGGGAGCAGCUCUCGCGUCUCGUUCUGCUGGGCUCCACCGUGGUGCUCUCUGGUGCUGCCGUGGUGGAGCUGGGAAAGGACUCGAACGGCGACCCAGCGAAACGUUUGGGCGCCGCGGAUGACCUAGAGCGCGCGAAGAUGUGAAGAAAAAGUGUCACCGCUGAGAAAAA